GUGGAGCCCUUUAAAGGCCUACAGUGCUGACAGCUCCGUGUGCGCCUGGUUCCAGAGCUCCGAGUCCAUCCUCUCCCCGCUCGCCAGCCACCAGCCGCUCUCGCUCUCUCCUUGGCCGAGGCCCCGCUGGGUAGGCUGGUGCUCUCGGCGGCGGCGGGACGUGGUCCAUGCGGCUGCCCAGCAUGUCCGGGCACUUUCUGCUCGCGCCCAUCCCCGAGUCCUCAUCCGACUACCUCCUGCCCAGGGACAUCAAACUGGCUGUACUGGGCGCCGGCCGUGUGGGCAAGAGCGCAAUGAUUGUGCGCUUUCUGACCAAGAGAUUCAUUGGGGAUUACGAACCGAAUACAGGCAAGUUGUACUCACGGCUUGUCUGUGUAGAGGGAGACCAGUUGUCCCUGCAGAUCCAGGACACCCCCGGAGGAAUCCAGAUCCAAGACAACCUCAUGCAGGUGGCUGACUCGCUGUACAAAUGGGUUCAGUGGGCAGAGGGCUUUCUGCUGGUCUAUUCCAUCACAGACUACGACAGCUACCAGUCUAUUCGCCCUCUUUACCAGCAUAUCCGGAAGGUCCACCCUGACUCAAAGGCCCCUAUCAUCAUAGUGGGCAACAAGAGGGACCUGCUACAUGCCCGGCAGGUGCAGACUGACGACGGCGUUCAACUAGCCAAUGAGCUGGGCAGCCUGUUCCUUGAAAUUUCCACCAGCGAAAACUAUGAAGACGUCUGUGAUGUAUUUCAGCAUCUAUGCAAAGAAGUGAGCAAGCUGCACAGCCUCAGUGGGGAGAGGAGAAGGGCCUCCGUCAUUCCUCGGCCACGCUCUCCCAACAUGCAAGACCUGAAGAGGCGCUUCAAGCAGGCUCUGUCUUCCAAAGUCAAAGCCCCAUCUGCACUGGGGUAAAGCCACCUCAGACAGACUGCCUUCUUUUUAUUGUGUAUUGGUGCAACUGAGAAGACUGGGGGUCUCCCUUUUUAAUCACAUGUUCAGAGUUUAUUUUUAUACAAACUAUUGGUUUGCAAGUGUAUGUGUAUUUCUGAAAAUUCAGUGAUUGCCUAGAAGUUGGAAUUGUUUUUUUAAUAAAAUGGGUUUUUUUUACUGUAACUGCUUGCCACUCUUCUAUUAAAGGCAAAAUGGCAACAUUUCGCCUUGUUUCUUAAAUAUCUUUUUAUAGAAAUCAUACUUGCACUAGAGCCCAGAAUUGCUCCAUGCUUGCCCUCAGUCUGAACUCUGAUUGGUGUCUCUCUGUCGGGAGGGGUUUAAGUGGAGGAAAUCUGUUGUGGGAGAAAGAAAAAUAUGUGGAGGAGGAGAGAGAUGUGAAUAACUUUAGGAUGUCUUUAAUUAGGGCACUUUGCCACAGGCAUGACAUUGACAUCAUGUGAUUUUCAUUGUGCACUGAUGCUGAAAAUUACAAACAUAAAUAAUAGUAUUAUUUAUUGGUACAAAUGGAAGUUCAUCCUCCUACCCUUAUUAAAACAAACAAAAAAAC